AGACGAUUAGCAUAAUAAUCAUACGAUCUUAGACCAUCGAAAGUGAAAUCUUCUGUGGCUGCGCAGCAGUUGUUUUAUAAAUAACACCGCUCAAUUUUUGUAUAUUAUGUAAUGAAAACUUUUUUCUCAUUUAGAUAUAAGCAACAAAAUGUAACCUCCGUGAAAAAGAAGUAGUUUGACUCUUGACUGCAUCACAACCGCAAGCGAUUUUACAUAUCUCCAUAGCUGUAGUUUAUUUUGGAGUGUCAUAAAGACAGUAAUGAAGACGGUAAUUGUGUUGACUUUUGUGGUCGCAACGAUAAUAGCUUUGCCAAUUGACGAUGAGAAGCCAAAGCCUGAAAUUAUUAAACAAGAAGUCGUCCAUAACAAACCAGAUAAAGGAUAUCAUUUCGAUGUUGAGACAUCGGACGGUUCAAAGCAUUCAGAAGUUGGAGAAUUCAAAUACGUUGGUGGCUUGACAGUUCGCGGAUCUUAUGAGUUUGUUGAUGAUGAUGGGAAGGUUCAUAAAGUCGAAUAUGAGGCAGAUGAAAAAGGCUUCCGUCCAAAAAUUAUAGACUAGUCAAAACUGCGUUUAUGUUUAAUUAAUAAAAUAGACAAAAAAACACAUUAAUAAAUGGAUUAUUACUCUUAUUCGAUAAAUCUUUCGACUGUCAAGGGCUUCUGCAUCGGCACAGCUUGUAAAUCACCAAAAAAAUGUUCGUGACAAUGACCUUUAAAAUGCUACUCAUUCAUUAAUAAUUUCCAUUUUUUAUGAGUUUCACUCUUGCUGCCUUAUCGCCAAGCUUGACUUAAUUAUAAAUUGGACAUACAGAGGUUUGGUCAUCAAGUUUUAUUUAUCGAUUCUCCUAUUUUUAAUAAUAGCAAUUUUACGGAUCAAGACUAUCCGAGAGAUUUUUUUUUUUGGUAUCAUAAAAAGUAACUUCAAGGUUAGUAGUGCCAUCAAAAGAAAUCAAUUCAGUAUUAAAUAAAAACCGGUCGAAUAGCUCAACAGCUUUUUAUUUGCCAUUAGCAAGUUUGUCUCGUUUUUUUUUGCUGUGCUUAAAAUAUUAAUAAAAAUUUUUUUUUGCACAACUUAGAAGAGGACGACGAUGCUGUUGAUGAUGCGUUAGGUUACAAAGAAAUAUAAAUGUGUUGACAUUUUACAUGCGUUGAAGUAAGUCGAUUAAGUUUAUUUACAUUUUAAGCCGUACACUGGUUAAUAAAG